AUGAAAAAAAUUUUGCCACUUACUCAGGAUUAUCAUCACAAGCCAGUUCCAAAUUGGUUCCGCUCCAACAAAAGAGCAAUCUAUUCUAUCAUUGACAGGGUAUAUAGUUUCAUUGUCGGCGUCAACGAUUACCACGACAUCGACUUGCUCAGAGUGAAACAAGGGUACUUUCUGUAUACGAUUACAGAGGAUUUGUGGAAGCAGUGGAUUGAUUACGAGCAAACGGGAAAGAUUCGAAAGAAGUUCAGAGCAUAUGUGACGGACAAUUGGCUUAUGUUAGCUUUUUUGCACGCUCUUGGUUGCGGAACUUCUGCGCUUGGUAAAUCGCUUCCAAGAAAUAACCCUCUAAUAAUGAUCGAAUUGUAUCAAGGAAGCGGUAUACCGCUUGUGAAGGUGUUCUACAAAGACGACACUAUGGAUGUGCCUAAAGACGUUACAAUUGAUGUGCGUGACUGCUCAUUUGAACAUUGCCAUCUCGUUGAGUUCGUCAUACGCCCCAGAUUCUACAAAACCAACGAUUCAGAGAAAGCGUGCUUUAGCACAGCAAAAACAAGACCUAAAAGGAGGUCUUAG